GAUAUAGACUAGAUCCAGAUAUUUUGAUGACCUACUUGACACUGCAUUUUUUUAAAUAACUGCGUUAGUCAAGUUCAAGUGUAGCAUUAGUCAGUGCCUUAAGUUUGUAUCCAAGUAACAAGGCAAAUAGAUUUAGAUAUACAGAUCUAGAAUUUAUAUAGUCUUGGGUUGUUAUAGAUUUGUAUGUUUACUUUUAGUGCAAAUUACAUCGUGAGAAAACUAGCAGCUCAUGAAUCGAAUACUACAACUAGAUCUAUUCGCCAGUUACUGCGAUUAACAAAAAUAGGAUCCUGCAGUUCGAGUUCGAGCAGUACUAUGGCUACUGCCGAAGUCAAUUGGAAAAAUGCACAGUCCAUCUAUGAGUUUAAUGCUCUAGAUAUUGAUGGCAACAAAGUAUCUUUAGAUAAAUACAGGGGCAAAGUCUGUCUCAUUGUGAAUGUUGCCUCUAAAUGAGGUUUCACCACCAAGAACUACACUCAGCUACAGGCACUGCACACCAAGUACGCUGAGAUGGGUCUGGCUAUUCUAGGCUUCCCUUCUAAUGAAUUUGGAGGUCAGGAACCAGGUUCCAAUGAGGAGAUCAAAAAAUUUGUUACCGAGCAAUUUAAUGUUCAGUUUGACAUGUUCAGCAAAAUUGAAGUCAAUGGCAAGAAUGCACACCCACUUUACAAGUACCUAAAGCAUGUCCAGAAAGGAACCCUGGGAGAUUUUAUCAAGUGGAAUUUCUCAAAAUUUCUGGUCAAUAGAGAAGGCAAACCAGUGAAUCGCUAUGCUCCCAAUGUUGAACCUUUCGCUAUUGAAAAGGAUAUAUCGAAGCUUUUAUAAACUCAGGCCUGCGCACAGAUCUCUAGUUGAUUUUAGUCUCACUGAUUGUGUCCUCAUUAAAUAGCAUUUUUUCCCCAUAUCACUUACAUGUGAAGUAGGUUUAGAAUAUAAAAAUAAUGUUCUCUUUUGGUCAGAAUUUUUGAUAAUGAACAUUCCAUUGUCACAUAUACUUAGUUACAUGAAAAUAUAUUAAUUUGCUAAUAAAACAAUAGCUCAAUAUUUUUUAUCAUUGAUACAAAUAAACAAUGGCACCAAAAUUUUUUUUAAAAAGGCUAUGGUACUGAUACUAUAAGUUAUUCAGGCUAUUGAAAAGGAUAUAUCGAAGCUUUUAUAAACUCAGGCCUGCGCACAGAUCUCUAGUUGAUUUUAGUCUCACUGAUUGUGUCCUCAUUAAAUAGCAUUUUUUCCCCAUAUCACUUACAUGUGAAGUAGGUUUAGAAUAUAAAAAUAAUGUUCUCUUUUGGUCAGAAUUUUUGAUAAUGAACAUUCCAUUGUCACAUAUACUUAGUUACAUGAAAAUAUAUUAAUUUGCUAAUAAAACAAUAGCUCAAUAUUUUUUAUCAUUGAUACAAAUAAACAAUGGCACCAAAAUUUUUUUAAAAAAGGCUAUGGUACUGAUACUAUAAGUUAUUUCUGAUUUUUUGUUAGUUUGGUAGUAUUUCAAUUUUUAAAUGGUAAAAAUAUCAGUCUGUGUAGUCCAUACAUAUCAUAGUUUUAUGGUGUUUUUUUUAAAAAUAAAUUCUAUAUAAUUUAUGUUUUAAAUUUCCAUCAAAGAUGUUUUAAAAGUUUAUUGUGAAACCAUCCUCUAGACAGAACAAUGAUAAUGAGACUCCAAACCCUGACUAGGGUGAGAUUCAUUGGAUAACCAGUAAGUGCAGACGCUGGCUGGGCUAGAGGUAGUUUUUAUGAACAUUUAUAUCUGAUCUUUGAUGGGAAUGUCAUCCUGUUUGGUUAUUGUAUUCUUUGAUGUGUUGUGAAAUGUCAUGCUCUCUUAACAUUUACAUCACUGCCAAAAAAGGAGAGCUAUUUAUUUGAUUUUAAACAUUUUUAGAAAUAAAUUUUUAAACAGAACCAAA